AUGGCUAUCUCUUGUACUUCGGACUUGGAUCCUUCCACCCAGCUCCUUCCAAAUCUUGUUGACCACUACGCCAAGGUCAAGCCCCAUGCUCUCUAUGCGGAAUGUCCCGUCAAUCCCAUGAAUUAUGAGGAUGGCUACAGGCAGAUUACCUACAAGGCCUUUGCCAACGCCAUCAAUGGCGUCGCACAUGGUUUGGCAGAGAGCUUGGGACCCGGUAAUGGAGAGCCCGGUAACGAGGUGUUAGCCUAUCUAGGUCCGAAUGACCUGCGGUACCCGGCUCUGGUUCUGGGGGCUGUCAAGGCCGGCUUCUGCAUGUUUUUACCCUCGCCCCGUAACAGCUUAGCAGCCCAGCAAGCAUUACUGAAAAGGCUUGACUGCACUACGCUGCUGGUUCCUACGCCGCGCCCCCCGUUUGUGACGGCUAUGAUCGAAGCCCUCCCACUCAAGGUCGUGGAAGUUCCAAGUCUGGACACACUUCUAACAGCCGAAUUUCCCGCCUUUGAAUACCGGAAGACAUAUCCGGAAGCGGCUACUGAUCGAUUUGUUGUACUCCACACCUCAGGGUCCACGGGGAUUCCCAAGCCUAUUAUCUGGACUCACGAAAGUGUUGCGAAGCAUAUACGCAUGCAAAGAUUGAGGGCCCCGGCAGGUUCUGAAGGCCAGGAUAGCAAAGGUUUUGGGAAGAGAAUGUACUUGACAUUGCCUCCAUUCCAUGCAGCUGGAAUUGGCCAUACCCUUUUUAUCACGAUUCCGGCAGAUGUGACCCUUAUUAUGCCUACUGCUACUGGUCUCCCGACCGCUGUAGGCUUAGUGGCUGCAAGGAAACAAACCCCAUUCGAGUGGGCUAUUGUUGUGCCCUCAAUUGUGCUGGAGCUAGCACAAGCUCCUGAGCUUCUCGAAUAUUGCAGUACUCACCUAGAAUAUAUUUUCUACUGCGGAGGCGAUUUGCCGCAGGCCAUUGGCAACAAGGUCGCAGCUAAGGUAGAACUUAUGAAUGGAUACGGCGCUUCGGAGCUAGGCAUCAUGAAUGUGGUUCACGCUGCAGACCGCGAUCCAUUGACGGACUGGAGGUAUCUUAACUUCCAUCCGGAGCUAGGGGUGGAAUUUCGCCAUGUCUCCGGCGAGGAGUACGAGGCCGUCGUGGUGCGUACUCCAGACCGUGAAGCCCAUCAGUUCCCAUUCUCUAUGCAAGCGUUCGCGAGUCAGCAGGAAUAUCAUACAAAUGACCUGAUGGUCCGCCAUCCUACAAAGACUGAUCUGUGGCGCCCAUCUGCCCGCGUGGAUGAUGUGAUCGUCUUCUUGAACGGGGAGAAAACCAAUCCUGUCUCGAUGGAGCAACACAUCAUUGCAUAUAAUUCAGAAGUCACCGGGUGCCUAGUGGCCGGUGCACAACGCUUCCAGGCGGCCCUUAUCAUUGAGCGAGGCGGAAAGCCUGCUGAGAGCCGUGACACGAUUAUUGAGGAGCUCUGGCCCAGUAUCGAGCAAGCGAAUAGCUCUGCUCCUGCCCACGCCCGCAUCGCUAAGAGCCAUAUCCUAUUCACAUCGCCCGACAGGCCGAUGCUUCGCGCAGGCAAGGGAACGGUGCAGCGCGCUGGCACGCUGGGUUUGUACGCGCGGGAGCUCGAGGAUCUCUACUCUAGUGCGGACACGAUAUCUCAAAUCGUCGGCCCAGGCGGGGUGGAUGAUACUGCGCAGGUGACUGAGUAUAUCAGAACAACAAUUCUAGCCAUCACAGGGUGGAGUUCGGACAAGUUGACCGACACCGAAAAUUGGUUCAACCUUGGCUUUGACUCCCUACAGGCGAUCACAGCUACGCGUGCGCUUAAGCAGGGUCUCAAUAUUGUCGCCCUCACUCCGAACUUCAUUUACUUGCAUCCGACGGUAGCAGGGCUGACCCAAGGCCUUUGCAAUCUGCACCAGGGCCUCGAGGAAUCCACUGAAUUCAAUACCGAGGCUCUGCUUCAAGAGCGGGACCAGCUACUAGAGGAGCUCAUCGGACAAGUUCAUAUCUCCAAGGCCAAGCAAUCCUCCCAAGUAGCGCCUGCCAUUCAAAGUGUUAUUCUAACUGGGUCCACCGGUCAACUAGGCACUUAUAUGCUCGACGCGCUAUUAAAGAGCCCCGGAGUGAAGCAUAUUUACUGCCUGAACCGAGAUGACCGAGCUCAUGACCGCCAGCAGGAGCGCACACAAGCGCGGGUGAAGUUCUGGAAAAGCGAUCUCAGCCAGGCGGAUCUAGGUCUACAGCCCGAGCAGCUACAAGAAUUGCAGGAAAGCGCCACGCUGAUCAUUCACAAUGCAUGGCCUGUCAACUUCAACCUGUCGCUUGCCUCAUUCAAGCCCCACCUGCUAGGUGUGGUCAACCUCAUCAACUUCAGCGGCCAAGGCACUUACUCUCCGCGCCUAUUCUUCAUCUCCUCAAUCAGCUCGACCAUUGGCCACCACACCGACACCGGUCUCACCCCCGAGAGCAUCGUCACCACCACAACCCCGGCCCCGAACGGCUAUGCCAACAGCAAAUAUGUGGCUGAGCAUCUCCUAGCACAUGCGGUGCAACAGAGCUCCGACAGUCUCGCUUCAGCUCAUGUCGGCCAAGUGGCUGUGGCUCGGGUAGGUCAGGUAGCUGGGCCCAUCAGGUCUCGCGGCUUAUGGAACAAGACCGAGUGGUUCCCUAGCCUUAUCCUGAGCUCGCUAUACCUAGAGGCUCUCCCUGAUGCCAUAGGUCCAGCUCUGGACCGAAUCGACUGGGUGCCGGUUGACCUCCUCGCCGACAUUCUUGUCGACUUGGCCAUUCUCGGAAGCAGCUCCACCUUGAGCUUCUACCACCUGGUGAACUCGCACCCUCAGUCCUGGAAAGAUAUCCGGCCCAUCGUCGCCGAUACCCUUGGUAAAGCUUCUGGGAAGACCCUGGAGACAAUCCCCGAGCGGGAGUGGGUGCUACGUGUUCGACGGGCUGUCGAGCUUCACAGCCAGGCUGGGAAGAAGGACUUGCAGCUUCAACUUUCAAAGAAUCCGGCCGCGAAAUUGCUGGAGUUCUUCGAAACAGCGAUGGCUCAAACGACGCCCGAGAAUGUGCUGGAUGUGCAGAUUACCGCCCAAGUCAGCGAGAAAUUACUUGAGGUGCAUGCGGUGAAGCCGGAAUGGAUCCAAAAAUGGGUUCAGGAGUGGCUGCAGUAG